UAAAAAGAGAAACAUGGGAGUGCCUUCAUUUUAUCGUUGGUUAGUGAACAAGUAUCCAAAAGUAGUGGCAAAUGCCAUAGAAGCUAAAGGGGAGAACAAUUACUUAGAUACAAGCUCAACAAACCCAAAUGGGAUUGAGUUUGAUAACCUUUAUCUUGACUUGAAUAACAUUAUUCACCCCUGUUUUCAUCCUGAAGAUGAUGAUGAUGAUGAUGCACAAGAAUUUCCAUCUCCACUAACAUUUGAACAAGUGUUUGAGAACAUGUUUAAAUACAUUGAUCGUCUCUUCAACAUCGUUAGACCUCGGAAACUUUUAUACAUGGCCAUCGAUGGAGUUGCUCCAAGAGCUAAGAUGAAUCAGCAACGAGCUAGGCGUUUUCGUACGGCCAAAGACAGAGAAAUUGCUGAAGAGGAAGAGUUUAGAGUGAGGAGACAGUUUGAAAUGGAAGGCAAACAAGUACUUGCAAAGCAGGAAACUGAACUAUCUGAUUCUAACAUUAUCACUCCUGGAACAAAGUUCAUGCAAGAUUUGUCAAAAGCACUUAAAAACUACAUUAAGUUACGAUUAAGUAGUGAUUUGGGGUGGAGGAACAUUAAGGUGAUUCUUUCUGAUGCUAAUGUUCCUGGGGAAGGAGAGCACAAAAUCAUGUCUUUCAUAAGGCAACAGCGUAAACUCCCUUCUUACAAUCCCAACACUCGUCACUGCUUAUAUGGAUUGGAUGCUGAUCUCAUUAUGCUGGCAUUGGCUGCUCAUGAAAUUCAUUUUUCAAUUUUGAGAGAGGAUGUGAUUGUUCAAAAUCAGCAGAACCAUUUUAGUUACAAACAGUUUCCUCAUAAUAAUGUAUUAAACUCAGAAGAAAAACAUGGAUACCCCAUUGUUAGAUUGAAACCGUAUCAGGUGAUUGUUCUUGUUGGGUAUCUUAUAUUAUUUCAACUUUAUGAGUUUUAUAUCUUUCUGCAUGUUUGGAUAUUGAGGGAGUAUUUGGAACUUGACAUGCAAAUUUCUAAUCCUCCUGAGAGCUUUAAAUUCGAUAUUGAGCGAAUAGUAGAUGACUUUAUCUUCAUGUGUUUCUUUGUUGGAAAUGAUUUUCUUCCUCACAUACCCUCUUUGUCAAUCCAUGAGGGUGCAAUUGAUUUGUUAAUGACUGUUUAUAAGAAAGAGAUGAAAAAUAUUGGUGGCUAUCUUGUUGAUAUGAUCCGGGUGGAGGAUAAGAAAGCGGGGUUUAUCAAACUAUCUAGAGUUGAGAAGUUCAUUCUCUUGGUUGGGACACAUGAAGAGAAAAUUUUCAAGAAAAGAUCAGAACUACGCGAGCGAAAGCUUAAACAACUUUGCUUACAAGCUGUACAUGAUGAGGCAGAUUAUGAUUCGUAUAAUGCUGAAAGUAACAAUUCUAUGGUAGUUGAUGGAUCACCCUCAUCUAAAGGUUCUGCAAUUGUGUCAUUGGAAAGUAAACCCUUUGAUUCUUCUGAAGUAAGUUAUAUUUUAAAUAAUACAAAGGAGCUUAAGCAAACAGUGAAAGAUAAUCUUCGAAGGAAAUCUGACUUGUUCAAGAAUGGAGAUUUUCUGAUUGACAAAGUCAAACUUGGCUCUCAUGGUUAUAAAGAGAGGUAUUAUAAAGAGAAGUUUUGUGCAUGUAAUGCAGAUGAGAUUGAAAGUACAAGGAAAAAAGUAGUAAGACACUACACUGAAGGUUUAAUUUGGGUUCUUUUGUACUAUUUCUCUGAUACUCCAUCAUGGACUUGGUUUUAUCCCUACCACUAUGGACCAUUUGUUUCAGACUUCAAGGGUUUAUCUCAGGUCAAAGAAAAGUUUGUAAAAGGCUCUCCCUUUAAACCUUUUGAUCAACUAUUGAGUGUCCUUCCCCCAAGGAGUGCUCAUGCACUUCCUGCUGCUUAUCAGACACUAAUGAAUGAUGAUAGCCCAAUUAUUGAUUUUUAUCCAACAGAUUUUGAGAUUGAUGUGGAGGGAAAACGAUUUUCAUGGCAGGGUGUUUGUAAGCUUCCGUUGAUUGAUGAAAGCCGACUUCUUUGUGAAACGAUGAAGUUAGUGAAGGAUCUCGGGGUAUGAAAGUACAUUUGACAUGAAACUUGGAUGUUAAAUUUUAUGGUAUGAUUGUCUAGUUUCUUAAGCUAUGUUGCAUAAUUCAGGUUGAAGAAAGUGACAGGAACACACAGAAGUGCGACCAGCUUCUCGUGCGAUCCACACACAAUUUAGGAUCACACAUGCUUUCGGUUUCUACACAGCUCAAUGGGAUUACAGGAGGCACUUGUUUGAGGUAAAUAAUAUAAUUUUUGUUUGUCAAUGUGUUCUUGUAUUUGUUAUGAACAUUCCAUAGCCUUGUAAUUUGGGAUUAAUAUGUUAUUGUUGACAAUGUGGUUAGUUCUUUUCUCAUAAUUUUCUCUAUUCUUUUCAGUGAAGAAAUUGGUGGUUUUUUAAGGCUUAGCCAAAAGUACAUAAUCAUGGAUAAAGGAGAAGUUCAAGAUAGUAAUAAUGACUUUGUCCUGUAAGCUGAAACAGAAUUUGAUUUUCAUUUUCGCCUGCCUCGCCUAGUUCUUAAAACUAUGUUUUUUCUUGUUGUAGAUGUGCUGAUUAUGACCCUCCUGAUUGUGGUGCACACGUUCCUCGCCUACUUGAUGGUGUAAAACAACCCGAAAAGAUGAUUGGAAAAAGAGACCUUGAGGACACAGAAAUGUGGCACGAAUAUCGCGGAAUGAGGCCAAACAAGAGGUCUUUCUCCAAUUCAAGUCUGUUUGUAUUCUCUAUAUAAAUGUUGGUGAACAUAACAGAUAGUGUGUCAUCUGCAGAUACAACAAUUACACUCAGAACCAUAUGAACAAUGGUUUUGGCUCUUCAAAGUGGGGAUCAUCAGCUGGAAGAGGAAGGG